AUGCUAUGGCCCGAUCUCCCUCAUGAAGCCCUGGGACAUUCACAGGCUGACAAAGAGGCAGUCGUGGAGCCCACGGAGAUGGAGUCAGAAGCGUCAGCCACGAAGGAAUUUCUGAGCCAGUCGCACCGCCUUGCGGUCAUGCCCUUACUGUCGCAUGGCGACCACAUGCGCAGAAUUGACGACAUGGCCAGUUCAUCAGUUGAAGAAGGCAAAGCACAGGGCAACAAGUCCGCCUGCUGCGAAAAGUGCGACUGGCACCCCUUGGAAGCUGGUGCCGAGAGCGGUUGCUUUGGACAGCCCUUGGAGUUGCCCAUUGACGAGCCGCUUUGGCCCAUCCGAGAGGACCAGAAACCCAAGGUUGUGUCCUCUGUGGAUGAGUUCCUUGAGAUCGUGCAAAUGCAGACGCAUUUGGAUCGAGUCGUGGUCUUGCGGAAUGGCAUUGGCUUGCUUCGGCAAGGUGAUGCAGCACCAGAGCAGCUGCGCCAAGCAGCCCAGAGCUCUCGUUCCGUUCGGGACGUCCUCGGCCGGCUGGAGCGCAGCGCCUCGGCGAGCUUCAGGGCUCGCCUGUGGCACUACAGCCAGCGUGGCCGAGAAAAGGAGAUCAAGGUCCCGAAAAGCAAAGUGAAAGGGUCGGAGCUUGACAAGAAGAGCUUGGCAGCUCUUACUCAACAGCUCCACACACUCGGAACUGCCAAAGUGUCUCCGGACGCCGCGCUGUACAUUUCCGAGCUUCGCUGGCAGCAGAAGGUCAGACAUCCUUUGAACCCUGAAGAAGAGGUGAAAACCGCUACGAACUGCGACAUUUUUGAUGUGGCGCCUUUUUCAAAGCAUUUGCCACUCUGGGAACGCUCCGAGGGAGGAAUUUUCAUCGGCGAGCGUGGGGCCGGAUCUGGGCUUCAUGUUGACCAAUGCCUGUGGUCCAACGUAGGCCGCAAUUGGUGUGGUUUCAAGCUCUUUGCCAUUUGGCCUUGGUCCGAAAGGCAUCAAAUCCUGGAUGAUGCGGGCAAAGGUGCCAUUUUUUCUCCCCCGCUGACACCGAAAGAGGAAGCCUUCCUAAGUCGAGCAAAGACUGUCGCACUGGUGGGCCCUGGAGAUGUUUGGGUGUUUUCAGGGGGACAGCCUCAUACGGCCAUGUGCGUGGGCGAUGGAAUCAACAUCUGUGCCUAUGAGUCAUUUGUACCUGCACAUGAGGAGGCCAUGCAGUUGCUGGUGCACUCCAACACAAAGGCAUCCCACUGGCGAAACUGCUGGAUGGAUGAUGAUGAUUUGGAUGAGCUCUACGAGGAUGUUGUGGAUUCGUUGCAACGCGCUUUGAGAGAUUCCAAACUCAACCCCCGACUGCGAAGUCGUUUGGAAGGCUGUCGGAAAGUGAUGCGUGAGUGCGACGAUAGCUAUUGCAAAGAGCUCUGGGACCAAGAGGACCGCGGCCAACGCCGCCGCAAGAGAGAGGAAUCGGAGGACUGCACUUCAAGUGAACCAGAUGCCGAGAAAGGCUCUGACAACAAGAAACUGCGAGUGGAUGUUAAGUCUUCGUCGCCCGGAUCGGUUUGA